AUGUCACCCAACAUAGCCCUUCUUGGUUCAGGUACAUUCGCUCAAGCUUCUUAUCUACCUGCGAUAUUAUCCCUUCAUCCCGUUAAAUUAAACUUGCAUACUAUAUGGUCAAGAUCAGCUUCGUCAACUGAAUCGUUCCUUUCUUCAGCUCAAGAGAAGAACGCUGAUUUCAAGCCCAAAGUGUUAAACGGUGACCAAGGUCUACAGGCUAUUUUAGACGAUAAAUCGAUCGAAGCUGUAUUGAUAGUAUUACCAAUCACUGCUCAACCAGAUAUAGUUAGAAAAGCAUUGAAAGCCGGUAAACAUGUUUUGAGUGAAAAACCACUGGCCAAAAAUGUCAAAGAUGCUCAAGCGUUGAUUGAGGAAUACGAAAAGGAGUAUAAACCCAAAGGGUUGAUUUGGAGAGUCGCAGAGAAUUUCGCACAUGAACCUGUUUUGAGAGAAGCAGGUAGAUUGAUCAGUUCGACUCAGGAAUUAGGCCCAAUCCUACAUUGGCAAUUGAGCAUGCAAGGCUAUAUAGAAGAUGGUUCAAAGUAUCACAAGACCGGUUGGAGGACCAUCCCGGAUUAUCAAGGGGGAUUCCUUCUUGAUGGGGGUGUACAUUGGACGGCAUUGCUCAGAACUGUCCUUCCUGAAUCAGCAAGACCUUCAUCAGUAAUCUCAAUUACGAAUCUACAUAGAACACAUUUAUUACCUCAUGACACUAUUCAAGCGAUUUCUCUACCUUUUAAAAAGUCGGUGACAGAGUCACAUGGGCCCAAAACCAAACUCACUUCAAGCGAAAAUAAAGAAUCUGAUGUCCCGAGUGAAAUUGGUAAAUCCUCUCCAACAGGUUCAAUCUUAUUCUCUUUCGCUUCACCUGAUAUUCCCGCCGAAUACCAACCUACCAAUUCACUGAAAAUCACUUUCUUGAACGGUAUCAUGGAAGUCAAAGGAGUCAAUUCGCCAAGAAGAGGUUGGGCCGUCAAGAUCGUUCCUUCACAAGGAUCAUCCCUCAAACCGGUCGAUACCGACGGUCCUUAUGAAGGUGUAGAUGUUGAAAUCAAGAUGUUCGCCGAGGCAAUCACCUCUCUGAAAAAUGGAAAUGACGUUGGGGAAGACUACGGUACACCAAGGGGAGCAAUCUGGGAUUUGGCCGUUUUGCAAGCUUUGCUAGACAGUAACGGCAAGGAAGUUAGCGUUGAUGAGCUGCUCGCUUGA